UUAUCGUAUCAUUGUGGCCGUCAACAGCCCGUGUGACAAGUGAAAAUCGCGAAAAAUCUAUAUUUUUGUCCUAUUUGGACACGAUUUAUCAGUUAAUUCAGUAUCUCUGUUGUUGAUCGUCGCCUUCUGCGCCAGUGUGUGUAAAGGCAGCACUUUCGACGCAUCGCAGUUCGGUUCUACGCUUCAAUUGUUUGAUUUGUAACAAUUCGCACCGUAAUUUGAUCAAAAUGAAGGCAUUCGCACUAGCACUGGCGUGCCUCCUGGCCCUGUCUGGAGCCUCCGCCGCCGACAACUGCUACAAUGACGUGUCCCUGGAUUGUGGACAGGCCUCCAACAGCCUUGUCCUGCCCAGCUGUAACGCCAUCUACGGCGGCUACGGCCACCACGGCAGCCUGGCUUCAGAGAUGCAGGCGUAUGCCAACCUUCACCUGGAGCGUUCGUUCGAGUACCUGCUGUCAGCUGCUUACUAUAACAACUACCAGACUAACAGGGCCGGGUUCAGCAAGCUGUUUAAGAAGCUGAGCGACCAUGCUUGGGAGAAGAGCAUUGAGCUGAUCCAGCAUAUUAACAAGAGAGGAGGAGUAAUGGACUUCGCGCGCCGCAGCACCCAAGAGCCCACAACCAAGGCCAACUUCACCGUGGAGCUUCACGAGCUGGAGUCGCUGGCCAAAGCGCUGGACACGCAGAAGGAGCUCGCUGACAGAGCCUUCCACAUUCAUAGGGAGGCCACCAGGAACAGCCAGCAUCUGCAUGACGCCGAGAUUGCUCAAUACCUCGAAGAGGAGUUCAUUGAGUACCAGGCCAAGACCAUCCGCGACCUGGCCGGACACACUUCGGACCUCAAGAAGUUCGUCACCGGAAACAACGGAAACGACCUCUCACUGUCCCUGUACCUCUUCGACGAAUACCUGCAGAAGGCCGUCUAAAUUUAAAAAGUUUUAAAACUAUUGUCUAUGCUUUUAGGAAUUUAAAAAGUAGAAUGUCAUUCUGGUCUGUGAUUUUGAGUUGGCGGGAAAAGUGAAUGCAUUCUGACUUUUUUGUUCCUAAAAGUUUAAUUUGAUUGUUUAGAUGCCUACGUCUUGUAAAAUCUAAAUAAUAAUUUAAAUAUCUCAACAAAUUAUACUCCACUAUAGUUGUAUUUUUUUUUGCCAAAAUCUGCGUUUUAUUAUUAUUUCUCAAGUGUACAAAAAUAGGCUGUUAUCUAUUAUAGAAAGUAAGAGAAAUUCAGUUUUGUAAUCAUUAUUUUAAUCAGGUAUUUUAGUUGUAGUAUUUUUUCGAAUAAAUACUUUUAAAUUAA